ACUUCCUCCCAGGAGCUGAGAACAGGAAACCCAGCCUCCCCGCCGGGCCCCACUGCUCCCCAAGACCGACCGCAGAGCUUCUCUGGCAAGGAGCAGGCAAAGCCAGUGCCUGCCCAGCCCGACGCCCCUGAGGCCUACAGGGACCAAGUGGACAUGCUGGACCAGUGCCUGCUGCUUGCCCUCCUGGGGCUGCUCUGCCUCUCGUCCGCUCACUCUCAGGAAUGCACCAAGUACAAGGCCAGUACCUGCCAGGACUGCAUCCAGUUGGGACCUGGCUGUGCCUGGUGCCAGAAGCCGAACUUCACAGGGCCAGGGGAGCCUGACUCCGCCCGCUGCGACACCUGGGGGCAGCUGGUGAGCAAGGGCUGUGCACGUGAUGACAUCAUGGACCCCAAGAGCUUUGCUGAACCCCAGAAGGCCCAAGGAGGGGGCCAGCAGCAGCUGUUCCCACAAAAGGUCAAGCUGUACCUGAGACCAGGCCAGGCAGGUACAUUCAACGUGACCUUCCGGCGGGCCAAGGGAUACCCGGUCGACCUGUACUACCUCAUGGACCUCUCCUACUCUAUGCUGGAUGACCUCAACAACGUCAAGAACCUGGGUGGUGAGCUGCUGCGGGCACUCAACGAGAUCACGGAGUCCGGCCGCAUAGGCUUUGGAUCCUUUGUGGACAAGACAGUGCUGCCCUUUGUAAACACGCACCCCGAGAAGCUACGGAACCCCUGCCCCAACAAGGAGAAGGAAUGCCAGCCGCCCUUCUCCUUCCGACACGUGCUCAGGCUCACUGACAACUCCAACCAGUUCCGCACCGAGGUUGGGAAGCAGCUCAUCUCCGGGAACCUGGACGCCCCCGAAGGCGGGCUGGAUGCCAUGAUGCAGGUGGCCGCGUGCCCGGAGGAGAUCGGCUGGCGGAAUGUCACACGGCUGCUUGUGUUCGCCACGGAUGAUGGCUUCCACUUUGCGGGUGAUGGGAAGCUAGGCGCCAUCCUGACCCCAAACGACGGGCACUGCCACCUGGAGGACAACAUGUACAAGAGGAGCAAUGAAUUCGACUACCCGUCUGUGGGCCAGCUGGUGCACAAACUGACUGAGAGCAACAUCCAGCCCAUCUUUGCAGUGACCAAGAGGAUGGUGAAAACCUAUGAGAAACUCGCGGAGAUCAUCCCCAAGUCGGCUGUGGGGGAGCUGUCUGAGGACUCCAGGAACGUGGUGGACCUCAUCAAGAAGGCCUACAAUAAACUCUCCUCCAAAGUCGUGCUGGACCACAGCACCCUGCCAGACACCCUGAAGGUCACCUACGACUCCUUCUGCAGUAAUGGAGUCCGGCUCAAGGACCAGCCCACAGGGGUCUGCGAUGGCGUGCAGAUCGGUGUCCCGGUCACCUUCCAGGUGAAGGUCACGGCCACAGAGUGCAUCCGUGGGCAGUCCUUUGACAUCCGGGCGCUGGGCUUCACGGACACCGUGACAGUGCAGGUCCUGCCCCAGUGCAAGUGCCACUGCCGGGACCAGCAGCAGGACCAGGGCCUGUGCGGGGGCAAGGGCUCCAUGGAGUGUGGGGUCUGCAGGUGUGAGGCCGGCUACAUCGGCAAGAGGUGUGAAUGCCAGACGCAGGGCCGCAGCAGCCAGGAGCUGGAGGGCAGCUGCCGCAAGGACAAUAGCUCUGUGCUCUGCUCGGGGUUGGGGGACUGUGUCUGUGGGCAGUGUGUGUGCCACACCAGUGACACCAAGUCCAUCUAUGGGCGCUACUGCGAGUGUGACAACAUGCACUGUGACCGCUACAAUGGGCAGGUGUGUGGCGGCCCAGUUCGGGGGCGCUGUGACUGUGGUCGGUGUCUCUGCGAGCCUGGCUUCGAGGGCUCUGCAUGCCAGUGCAUUAGGUCCACAGAGGGCUGCCUGAAUUCGAGGCUCGUGGAGUGCAGUGGCCGUGGCCGGUGUCGCUGCAACAAGUGCGAGUGUGAUGGCGGGUACCAGCCGCCCCUGUGCGAGGAGUGUCCUGGCUGCCCCUCAUCCUGCCCCAAGUUCAUCUCCUGUGCCGAGUGCCUGAAGUUCGGCUCAGGCCCUUUUGAGAAGAACUGCAGCAAGGCAUGUACACAUCUGACGCCGCUGAUCCCGGGUAUGACAGGAAGGGCCUGCCGGGAGCGGGACUCGCAGGGCUGCUGGCUGAAGUACACCCUGCGGCAGCUGGAUGGGAGGAACAAAUAUGCGAUCCAGGUGGAGGAGACCCGAGAGUGUGUGGCGGGCCCCAACAUCAGCGCCAUUGUGGGGGGCACCGUGGCGGGCAUUGUACUCAUUGGCGUCCUUCUCCUGGUCAUCUGGAAGGCCCUGACUCACCUGAGUGACCUCCGGGAGUACAGGCGCUUCGAGAAGGAGCGGAGCAAGUCCCAAUGGAACAAUGACAACCCCCUGUUCAAGAGUGCCACCACCACUGUCAUGAACCCCAAGUUUGCUGACAGCAGCUAGGAGCACCUGAUGAAGACCAGGCCUUCGAUCCGGCUGAUCACAUGGGACCCCCACACCCUGCCACCAGGACACAGCUGGGACUCUCAGCAGUGUCACCCGUGAGCCUGAGUCCUCCGUGUUCCUCCCAUCCUCACGGCCAGGUGAUCUGUGGACUGUUCUUCAGGGAUGAUCCCCUCAUCUGUCCAAUCCUGUGAAGGACGCAAGCAGAGAACAUGCUGUUUCAUGAGGCUGAGUCACACUUCUGUGUAAACCUGAUUCAAGGUGGUGCAGAUUUAUUUAUAUUAAACCCAGGUUGUCUAACUUUA